GUGGGACUUUUUUUUUUUUUUUUUUUUUUAGGAUUUCACAUUAACCGUCCAGACUCUUUAUCUGCCUACUGACAUGUUGCGAUGUUCCGCGCAGCCUUACAAAACAUGGACUUGUUUUGGGUAAUUUUGCUGUAUGUUGUUUUUGUGCCGGAGACUGGCUGUGGAUCAGCCGAUGCAGACAGCUGUCAUGAGGUGAAGACAGCUUACAUGAUGCGCCAAAUAGGCCCGGUGGAGCUGGUGCCAGACAGACCGGGGACAGAUGAUUCUCUGCGAGUAUGUGUCCACCCUGGGCCUAGCUGCUGUACCAGUAAGAUGGAGGACAGCUACAUGGCAGCUGUUCGCAGUGAGACGCAGCAGAAGAUGCGAUCGUACAGCUUUGAACUCAAGUACCUAAUUGCUGGACACACCAAGGCUUACCAUGAGACCUUUGAGUCGCUUGUGUCCUUUACAUCUAACCUGACCAGCACUCUGUUUGACAGUGCUUACUCCAGUCUGGCGUCCCACUGUCGCCCCCUUGUGUUUCACCUGUUCAGCGACAUCAAAGGUCACCUGUCUGGAGACUCUAAUUCCUCCUUGGACAAUGCUGUGAGGCGAUUCUACAAUGAUCUCUUCCCACUGGUCUACCGCCGCCUGCUCAACCCUGGCAUUGGCCACUUGUCAACCCCGUCCUAUUCCUCCCUUACCACGAAUCACGACGAAUGCCUGCGGCUGACGCGACAGGAUGUCAGCCCUUUCGGACUUCAUCCUCGCCUUCUUGUCAGCAGCCUGUCCCGGGCGCUCGGGCCUGGUCGAGCGCUGAGCCGACUGUUGCAGCUGGCUGGAGAGGUUGUGAAUGCAACGGAGAAGGCAACGUUAUCCAGAGAGUGUGGGCGCGGGUUAGUGAGGAUGCAGUACUGUUCCCACUGCAGAGGGCUCACUCUGAUACGGCCCUGCACUGGACUGUGUGUCAACAUUAUGAGAGGAUGUCUGGUGGGUGUAUCAGAGCUGGGUGCCCCCUGGGGGAGUUUGGUGGUACUGCUCCAACGGUUAGCUGCUACUUUAGCAACCAGCAGCAAUCACAACAGCAUGGAGUUAGCUCUGUUAGCGGUCCGAAACCAUGUGAAUGAUGCCAUACUGCACGCUCAGCUGCACGGGCCACGCAUCACAGCCACAGUAGAGAAGGUGUGCGGCCCCGAGGCGGCUGGUUCCAUGACGACAAGUACACAACCCAACAUCUUGCACACAACAACACAUGCAGCAUCAGCGGCCACAGAGAAGCCAUCUGUGACUUUACCUCCUUCGGUUGGUCCACCCACGAAUCACCGUUUACAGCUGCAGGCCAGGAGGUCAUUCCCUCUUAAAGGUUCAAGAGGAGACAAGAGUCGAAGCCUGAAAAAACUAUCAAGGGAGUUUGAGGGCUCUAUCCAGCGGUACCAGUGGUUUUUCUCUGAGCUGCCAGAGAUGCUUUGUGAAAGCGAGAUGGAGGUUGAGCAGCACACAUGCUGGAGCGGCCAAGAUGUCGUAGAAAGUUAUGCAGGUCAUGUGGUUGGCAGUACUCUAAAAGCCCAGAAGGAGAAUCCAGAAAUGACCGUCCGUAAUACAGAUCCUGUCCUGAAGGGGGCGAAACAGAAGUUGGAGCAGCUAACACAGGAGCUGUUAGUGGAGCUCGGCUGGGCAAGCAAAGCGAGAGGACGAGGGGAGGAAGAGGAGGGAGGGAGCGCGCAGACAGAUGGAGGCAGCGGAGACGACUGUGAUGAUGAAGAUGGCUGUGAAGCAUCUGGUGAGGAGAGCGGUGAUGAGACCAGUGAUGCACCCAGCGGUCAUAGUCCAGGAACCAAGGACGUGGCUCCUCCUCCUCGUCGCCCAGUCCCUCCUCAGCACCUCUCACCUCCCCAGGUGGCUGUUCAUGGCUCGGCCCACACAACGAUGACGUUCGGAGCUUUGACCCUGGUGACCCUGCUGCUCCUACUGCUGUCACCAUGGGAACCACGCUGACCGUGAAGAGACAGAUCCAGAGAUGGACAGAGACAGUAAAGGGUGACAGACAGCCACACGCUGUGUGUUAUGUGGCGACGAUGAGUACGUGGAGUUUCUGUGAGCUCAGCACGACCGCUCGGGCUGUUUUUUUGUUUUGGGUGGUGAAGCUGGUGGGACGAGCUGCUGGCUCACCACCGCUUCAGGUGCACAGUAUGCAUUUGUAUUACCUGUACUGACCUCUGUAUGUGUUCAUUUAUGUUUAACUCUGAUAGGAUAGAUUGCACAGCACUACUGACUUUUUUUUUUGAAGAGAGAUGUAAAUACAAAUAUAUAUAUUAUAUAUUUAUAUAAAGAAUUUCUAUAGAUAACAAUGGCCUGAUGUGUAAAUAGAGUUUAAUAUAGAACAGAGCAGACUUGGACAUUAAGGGAUGUUUGGUUUGUUUGUUUUGACCUUUAUAAAAGAAGUCUCCCGCUGAGAUCAGAGUCCAGAACAGCGAGGGUUCAAGCUGCAGACCUUCACUGUUACCACACCAGUGCACCUACAGUGAAGGGACACUGCUGAGGAUUUACUAAUGUGACAGAAAGAGGCUGGAAGAGGACAUUGAAACACUUUCUUAAAAGGCAAAACAACCAAUUAUGUGAUGCUUCAGACACAUUUACAGAUGGUCAUGCAGCAUAAUGAAGACGACCCAUCUACCCCUUUCUCCCCACACAAACACGCUCUUUUACUAAUGCAAGCUGGAUGAUUUUUUUUUUAAAAAUUCUUCAGCAAGUAUGAUGAGUUUUAAAUGCGUAACACUUCGCUCAAAAACUCUGUCUCCUCUGCUGAUUUGUCAUUUCAAGGCAUAUGUGUAUUCUUGGAAAAACUAGAUAAGACUAUUUUCUUCUCGAGAUGUGCAGUGUGAAAAAUUGUUAAAGCACUACAGGGAGAUAUGUAACAGCUUUCAGCUCAACAUCAAUUACACUUCUUCAGCAGGAGAAAUAAGAAUAAAGGCAGAAAAAGCACCCAGUGCAAGACAAGAAGCAGAAACAAUCAUCUGCCUUACAAUGAAUUAUUUGACAUCUUAUUGUCAUUUGCAAAAACUGAACUGUUUUGUGCUUUUAAAGGCUGAUGAGUCUCCAAGUGUGUAUUAAUUAAAACUGCUCUGUCCUGCAAUUAGAUUAUAUAUAUAAAACAUCCAACAAAACACUGUAUUCAAUUCAAUAAAAUUGAAUUGAAUUGAAUUGAAUUGAACUGUAUAGUUAAGGGUUUUUUUCUAUGUCUUGUGAUCAGAGAAACCCAGAUCAAGACGUGUGGACUAAGUGUAAUUCAUAUUAAUUAGGAUUAUCAAAUCCUCCUGGGCUCUCUGUUGAGUCCCUCUCCCCUCAGACUGCACACAACAGCAGGACUGGCAACUGGAAUACUGAUUAAAUACACUCAAAGGGUGCAAAUGAACCAACUGAAGGACGGUGUGCAUUUCUGUCAGUGGGUGACUGGCUCUCUUCUGUGAUUCAUGUAUUACCUACCUGCUUCCUUGUGGUUUCACGCUGUAGCUGCAGUCAUUUUUGUCUUUGAUGAUUUGCUGUAAAACUUUUGAGAAUGUGUCUGCUUUCAUCACCUGACACGGUUUAUUUAUGAGGGAAUGUGACUGACACAAGAGACGACUGAAAAAAUACCAUUAAGAGCUUAGGUUUGUGAGUUAUCUGGGCAGCCAGCCCAAAUACCAUCUUAGCCAGCGGGGUGCUUUUACAACAUAAUCUUCCAACAAAUGUGCUAUUAUUUGAUUACUAUUUAGGCGUUAUACCUAAAUGAGAUGAGGUUUUGGAUUCAAGCCAGCCCUUCCAUCCAACUCAGCUCCUGCGAGGCGACCUUGUGCGUAAACAAACUGCCAAAUGCACACGUGGAGACCCUGAACAGGAUGAGUGGACAGAGAAAAUAUAGAAGUACGCAGUAUUUUCACAAACCGUGGCACUACCACUGUGGCUACCGACACGUUUUGAAGGGGAUUCUAAAAUGUAAAAAAUAUAUAUUUUCAUAUAUUUUAUAAUCUUAUGAAGUCUGUUUUCAUUUUUGCCAUAAAAUAUUGAGCUUUUAUCGAGCAAAAUAGUCAAAAUUCAAAUGAUUAUCUGGAAUGUGAGGAUAAAACUGAUAAAUUGGGGUUACAAGUUGUUCUUGUGUGCUUGCUCGCCUGCUACAGUUGUAAGAAUCUUGUAUAUGAAUUGUAGCCACAAUACUUCAAAAAUACACUGACUGUGAGCUUCUGCUGUGUCAUUGCUAAAUAAAAUCAAUAAAUCUACCUUAUCCAAGUUUAACAGCUCUAUUAGUUUAGAGAACCUAAUUUUUGUUGUUCUGUAGCGGUAUGCAGGGCACCGGGACGCAACAACCGGCCUUUUAGCUGCAGCUGUGGUUCAUUCAAACCACUGUGUUCAUGUAAACUAAACCAGUAACUCUGAUGUGCCACUUACUACUGUAAUACUCUGUGUGUCCCGCUACUCUGUUGUGUUGAUAAUCACCAGUUGGAUAUCCUCAGUAAUAAAAUGUGUUUUCAAAUACA